AUGGCCUCGUUGAAUUUACGUGCAUCGGCACACGCUGCAAUUGUGCGCCUCGGGAAAGAAAUCCAAAAUGCAGAUUUCAAUCCGGAUAAUGUAGAGUGUGAAGUUUUACUCAGCCCAGUAAAUCAACAUUUUGAUCGGUUUAUACAUCACCACUUUGAUCUGGUCAGCAAGGCGAAGGAAAACGAAAUUGCAUCUCACGAAGAGUUGUUUGCGACAACAGAAUCCUUGUACACCACGUUGUGUGUCACGCUGCAACGCCGUUUAAAUCCCCAGACUGCCGUCCAGGUUGCAUCAUCGACAAUAAAUCACGUGGCAGACAUGCGGCUAGAUCCGGUAUCAAUUCCACGAUUUGACGGAAAACCAACGAGUUGGUUGGCAUUCAAGGACCUAUUUGAACCGAUGGUUCAUAAUCGAACUGACCUGGAUCCUGCAUAUAAGUUGGGUAAGCUACGCCAGUGUGUCGAUCAAGAAAGUGUUCCGAUGAUUGGAGGAUUAUAUACCGGUGGCUACCACGAGGUGUGGUCCGAGCUAAAACGCCGUUAUGAUAAUCCUCGCCUACUGGCAGAAACACACGUGCAGAUCUUUCUUGAUCUACCGAACAACCCACCAGAGGCUUCGAAUACGCUGCGAUCGAUCGUUGAUUGUGUGUGCAAUUCAUUUCGUGCACUUGCCGUGAUGGACAUUCCAGUGCACCACUGGGAUUCGAUAGCAGUUCCUGUACUUUUGCCCAAGUUACCAACAACAACGCGAAAUGAAUGGGGAAUGAGCCUCACAUCCGUGAGCAUAUCGAAGUUGGAAGAUUUACUGUUAUUUCUCGAACGACGUGCCAACCACAUUACCGUUGCACCACAAACCGUUAGCACACAACCGUUGUUUAGGCGUUUCGCCUCUCGUACAGUUAAGGCGCACGUGGGCGCCACGAAUAAUACUCAAUGUACAACCGCACCCCCCCGCCAAUGUUGGUUGCCCUCAGUGCUCAGGUAA